CAGGGACAGAAGCAUAGAGGCUGCUCUCUCUUUGGAAAUUCUAGACAGGUAGGAAUCCCGAAAGGAGGAAUUUUGACCUCAAUGAAUCACUCCUGAGGGGCCCCGCCUCCCUCCCUUACUCUCCUGGAUCACAGGAGGCAGCCUUGCUGGCCACUGUCUCCUCCUGCACAGAAAUCAGAUUAGCAUUGGGUUAGCUGGGGACCAUGUCGGACCAGGACCGGCCUAGAAGUGGCCUGAGCCUAGCCAGCAGUACAGUCACCAUCUCUUCCGUCUCCAUGGGAACAAAGCCACACUCAGCCCGGCCUGUCCGGAGGGUACACACAUUUGGGAAGAGGUCAAACUCCAUCAAGAGAGAUCCUAAUUCACCUGUCAUCAUGCGUGGAUGGCUUUAUAAACAGGACAGCUCUGGGCUGAAACUCUGGAAACGACGUUGGUUUGUCCUUUCUAAUUACUGCCUCUUCUAUUACCGAGACAGCCGCGAAGAGAUGGUUUUGGGAAGCAUCCCUCUCCCUAGCUAUGAGAUUCGGACAGCGUUUUCCAAGGAGAAGAAGAACCGGCGCUUUGUAUUCAAGGCAGAGCACCCUGGCAUGAGAACCUAUUAUUUCAGUGCAGACACGCAGUUGGACAUGAACAGCUGGAUCAGGGCCAUGAACCAAUCGGCCGCUGCCGAAUGCGACUAUGGAAGCUACACCCGAGGUCUCCAUAGCCAGUCCGUGUCUACCCACACCAGCUUUGAGGACGUCACGCUCACACCGGACGACUUUGCCAAAAGCACCGAAUCCUUGGAAAUUGCCCGCCUCUCCGAGACGCGGGAUGCUGAGGCCUCUUCCCCUGAGAGCCUCCAUGUGCCACACAGAGGGCAGGGCAGUCCGAAGGAAGCUCCAUGCCCCAGGAGGAUUUCCUUAUCCAGCUCGCUCAAUGGAGGGUACCCUCAUGAACAGAGAGACCAACCAGAUUUAAGCUCUCUUUCUUCCCAGACGCACGGAUGCCCCUCCCCUCUUAUCCAAACAAACCGCUCCCACCGGCCACGGUCCCCACCCCCUCCCUUGUCUGAGAGCCCAUCUCCCUCCUCCCCAUCUCUCACCCCUCAGGCCUCGCCUCUGCUUUCCAUCCGCUCCUCUCGUUCCUACUCCCUCCCGUUGACUCCGGCUGAAUCGCCGCGGAUGCCCGAUGCCCACCCAUCACACAUACAUGCCCGCCAGAAACCCCCACGCACUGCUGCUGCUGCUGCUGCUCAGGCUGCCUCGUGUGAGGAUUUGUCCGGCACAGUUUCUCCGAGGAUUCUUGUCCGCCCCAACACGCCCAUGGGAAGGGUAGACAUUGCCCCCAGCGAGGGCCCUCCCAACAACCCCUAUGCUGUUGCAUCACCUGGCACCAGGGGGCGCCCCCUGACACCUGCGGACCGGUAUGACGUGUUCCCUUCCUCUGAGGAUCCUUAUGGCAGGCGCUACACUCGGAGCCCUCACCCCAGCAGAGCCCAGCCGGUGGGUGAGGAAGGCCUAACACUAGGGAGACAACCGCAGAACAGAUUUGCAGACCGAAGUUAUUUCUCUCCAUCAACUGGACCAUCCCGUGCUUUGGUCAUGUCUCGGCUUCAUGGCCGACUGAUCACCCCCCACUCAGCCUCAUCAAGCUACCUCCACCUGCCACCCUUGCCCCCCCUGCCUAACCGGUCUACCCCUGGGAAAAGGACAUCUUUAGGGACCACGUGCCGGACUCUGAUACGGGAAAGGAGCGUCCAGUCCGCUGGUGGGCAACGGUUCGAAAGUGACACUGAUGCUCUCUUGACAAAAUUAUGUGGCCAAGACAAACUGCUCCGUGGUCUGGAAGAGGAGACGGGGCAGCUGCGAACGGAAAAGGAACGGCUUGAAAAGUCCUUGGAGGUGACCCGCCUGAGGCUAGAUGACUGUAAAGGCCAAGAUGCAACGAUGGAGAAAAUCCUCUACCAGCAGAGGCAGCUGCAGGAUGAGUUGGUGCACAUCCGAGCUCGUCUCUGCGAUCUGGCACUGGACAGUGAACGAGCAUGGGAGGGUUAUGCUACCUUGGAAAAUGAGCUGCAAAUUCUGAAGGGCUCCUUAGAGCACGUCCGGAAGGUGGGCCACCCCCAGGACCAAACAGCAGCUCAGCAGGAUUUGUGGAGGAUCCAUGACAUCCUGGCUGGCCUGAGAUCCAGCCCAGCAAACUGUCAGACCCUGGAAAGCAGAAGAUCAGGUGUAUCUCCAGCCACAACUCCCACCCAGGAUUCUCAUGUGGGGACAAUGCAUACCUCGCUGCUGCCCUGCUCUGGAGUAGAGAAGGAAUCCGAAACUGCCUCUCCAAGGGCAACGCUCUUCUACCACGAAUCCACAUCCUGCCUCGUGACAGCCACACAGGAUCCGGGCAGAGUUCUGGGCCACGUGGAAAGCCGGCAUUGGGACAGCCCUGGUGCAGCAGAGCAGGCUAGUCCAUGUGUCUCUAGCAGAGGACAGCAGGGGGCAUCCCGGCAUUCAGAUGGGAGCCGGCGGACUCCAAAGAAUUCCUCCAGUGAGCCCUUGGAGGAGUUUGAGAAAGGAAACCUUGUGAAGGAAAGCAAUGCUAUUGGUCCAGAUCAUGGAAGCCACAUCAAUAUACCCUGUGAAGAUGGCGGCCACAGUGUAACUAAGAUGGUCUCUUCCGACACAACUGCCCCUCGUCGUUCUCGCAUGAGCGCCCAGGAACAGCUCGACAGGAUGCAGCGAAACCAGGAAGCCCAAAGAAGAUCAGAGGCUGCCCAAUCUGGCUCUCUGGGCCGCUGGCGAGACUCUCUCAAGUGUGGGUCUAGCCGGCCCCUCCCCAAUACCCCCCCUGAGCCAUCGCCCAAGGAAGGCGCCCAAACUGGGGGACUCAAGCCUCGAUGCCCCCCAACCCCUGAGUGGGAGCGACAGCGAGUCAUCCAGCUCUCCUAUGCACUGGCGGCAGAGGCAUCACAGCGGGGGAGACGCAUUGCAGAAAGGACCAGCUCUCACUCUUCCCUAGACGAUGUCCCUGUGUCACAUGGUAGUCUGAGUCAUCAUCCGCUCCCCAGUGACAGCAACCCCAAUGAUCUUGAGUCCAAUAGUGUGACCUCCAAACAUGACCAAACAGCCGCUGGGAACCCAAGCUGUAGCGAUAACUCCAGAGCAGCGAAUCAGACACUGUCUUCAUCCCAAACAUCCAAUCAAGUGUCGUGUCCCUCGGAAGCUUCCAAUUGGUCAUUGCCUCUCCCUGAGGAGGCCAAUCGGAUGCCGUCAAAGCCCAAGGCGCCAUCGCAGUUGACAUCACAGCCCCUGGGAUCGGCCAAUGAGGAGUCAUCCUUGCUCAACGGUCCUCUCUGGACGGUGCCUUUGUCUCUGUCAGCCAAUCGGAACUCAUCUGUCUCCAGCACAGCCAACUGGGCUUCGCCUCCAAUUUGGGACUCUGAAGUCUGGGCUUCUGAUAACAGCCUUGUGGGUCACCAGGGUCCUGGGCAUGCCAAGUGCCUUAGGUGGAGAAGUGAGAACAAGUCCCAUCAGGUGGUGACCUACCUUGGUGAGACUGCGCAGCCUAUCAAGGUCACAAUGGUGAAAUCCAGUUUUUAGUUAAAAUAGGCACAGGAUAGGGAUAAAGGGAGUGCCUCCCUUGAUCUUCCCCUGGCUGACAAGGACCUGCACAAGCCCACAGAAUUGGCAAGCUCAGAGGGCAGCCCCACCUGCACCCCAUUUAUGUAAUGCUCCUACCCUAGUAAGGGCCCAGUGUCUUGCAGCCUCACUUAAAGCCUUCAUUUAAAAGCCCAGAGAUCUGCUAUCUCUCUUAAGCACCCCCAUCCAAGCACAAGCACCCACACCUUAUUUAUAUUGAUGAAUGUGCAUUUCUGCACAUGGACAUGAUCUUGCAAACAUUCAGGGCCCUACUGCUUUCACACUAACUUGCACACACAGCAGGGACGUAGCAAGGUUGGAGUGGGCCCAGAGACAAGAUUUUAAAAUGCCCCCCCACCACCACUGAAGCUUAGCUCAUGAAGUAAAGAAAUCUUAAAUGAGGCUGAAUAGUGGUAACAAAAAGCAUAGUAAACACACACCCCUAUGUGCCACAAUAGAACAUCAUCCUAAAUUAUUUUUUAAAAGAUUUUGUAAAUUGUGGACGAUGCAAGCCAUUUAAUGGUACUAGAGAAAGACCUGCUGUUCUGGUAGCUCCAGGUCUGAAUACUCACAUCAGUUUCGGAGGAUGCAUACAACUGAAGGAAGCCCAGGCGGGUGCGUGGCUGGGGGAGUCAGUCAUGUGACUUGCCUCUGGGGGCCCCCCCAAGACAGUGGGCUCCCAGACAACUGUCUCCCCUUGCCCUAUUAUAGUUACGCCCCAACACACAGGUUUAGAAGUGUGUUGUGCCAUGAUAUGGUCUUCUUUGCAUACAGACCUAUGAAGUUGCCGUCUACUGAGCCAGACCAUUCACUCUAGGUCUGUACUCGGAGCUGCAGCAACAUUCUAGGGUUCCAGGCAGGGCUCUUUCCCAGGCUGCACGCCAAGGAGAUGCUCUGCCACUGAGAUACAGUCCCUCCAUCACACUCCCACCAGCCCUAGUAGGCAAGUCACUACGGAUUCCUUGGCCAAGGACACUUUGUGGGACAGAUAUUUAGGCCUUGCUUAGGAAGGUGCCUAAGGGAAGUUUUUUUAAAGGCAGGAUUUCUUAACCUUGGGCCCCCAGAUGCUGUUG